GUAGCUAGUGAACCUCCUUCCAAUAUCCUUUAACCCCUUUUUUUCUUCUUCCCCUUCACCCAUCCAUUUCCCCAUCAUAUCUAUAGACUCUUUAUGUAUAUAUAAACCCUAAAGCUAGCUGUUAGACAAAAAUACUGAGAGUAUCUGAACAAUAGAACUCCCAGAAAAUUUUCUAACAAAUUGAAACUGAAACUUAUUUUCAGUAUGACAGAACCCUACUACAAUUUCUUCACAGGAUGGUUCAACUUCCUUCCUAUCCAUCAACAGUAUCUUUCUUCUCCCAACUUUUGCUACAAUAAUUCAAACAACAACAAUUUCCAAGAAGAAGUUUCUCUUGCUCCUCCACCUUCACCACCAUUAAAGGAAGCUCUUCCCCUUCUAAAAAAUGUUGAUAAAUUGGACAAGACUAAUACUACUAAGUAUUCUUAUGAGAGUACUACUAGUAGUGCAGCUGAGGAAGAUAAUAGUAAUGAAAAUGUGAGUGUAUCCUUACAUAUAGGGCUCCCAAUUAGCCCUAGUUCUGAUUUGACUUCAUCAAGGGUUUCAUUUUCAUCUGAAGGUCAAGUGAUAGAUGAAAAUGUUGGUGGAAAUAAAGAAUUUGAUGUCCCUUUGAGCAGACUAAAUAAGGGUCAGUAUUGGAUCCCUACCCCUUCUCAGAUUCUCAUUGGUCCAACACAGUUCUCAUGCCAUCUUUGCUACAAGACUUUUAACAGAUACAACAAUCUUCAGAUGCAUAUGUGGGGACAUGGAUCCCAGUACAGAAAAGGACCAGAAUCCUUAAGAGGGACACAACCAAGUGCAAUGCUAAGGCUGCCUUGUUACUGCUGUGCACCUGAUUGCAAGCACAACAUUGAUCACCCAAGAGCAAGGCCAUUAAAAGAUUUUAGAACCCUUCAAACACAUUACAAGAGGAAACAUGGUGUCAAGCCAUUUAUGUGUAGGAAAUGUGGGAAACCAUUUGCUGUGAAAGGUGAUUGGAGAACCCAUGAGAAGAAUUGUGGCAAGAUUUGGUAUUGCAUUUGUGGCUCUGAUUUUAAGCAUAAGAGGUCUCUCAAAGAUCAUAUUAAGUCCUUUGGCCGUGGUCAUGGCGCCGUUGGGAUACCUAAUCUUGAGGAAUUAGAGGAUGAAUCAACGUCUGAGAUCGAACACGAUGUUGGAUCUUCGUCUCCAGUUUGAUGCAAAAUCUCUGAUAGGACUAAAAGACUCAAAAUCGUCAUAGUUGGAUUCUCUUUGUUCGCCCUUAAACGAGCUACAUUGUCUUUGUUUAUGCUCCAAAUUCACUCUUCUACACUUUAAAUUUGUUCUAUGUUUUGGAUAAGAGAAGUGAAUUUUCUGUAAAUGAUUUGCUCCAGAUAUGUAAUAUAAGAUGUGUGUUUCUAAAUUGGGUGACUUAUCUUAA